GCUUGGACAAAGGUCUCACGUGUGCUGUGUUGUAAUUUGUGAAGUUCUGUAAGGUGUGAGAAGGUGCAGGAGAUUUUGGAAGGUCUAGAUUGUUGAAACAAAGGUUGAAGUGCUUUCCUGACUGUCGUCGAGGCUGCUAUCAGGCAUGAAAAGAGCUGCAAGAGUAGAUGAUAUGUAUGAAGGCUUCUUGAAGGCCGAUUCAAGAAAUCUGCCGGCUGUAGAUAAUGACAUGAUUGAAAGCUUCUUCAGAAGGGACACCAACUUCAUCAGUCCAGAAUUUCGUCUUGUGAAGGUCAAGAGGUCCGGAAGAGAACAAUAUGGAGAUGAUGCCAUCGGUUACGUCCAACUGAAGAGGACCUCCAACCAGUGUGAGGUGUGGGCACGUGUGACCCCAGAGCACAAGGUGACCAGCAAAGGGUAUCGAGUCACUGUGCUGGUCGACGAAGAAGAGGAGGAGGUGAAAUAUGUGCAGUGUAUCGACUGUGUGGCAAGCCAGGGAGGCUGCAAACAUGGCGUUGCCCUCCUGAUGUGGCUCCACAGGCGGAGCUCAGAGCCGUCUGUGACGGACGUCCAGGCCUACUGGAAGAAGCCGCGUCUCUCGAUGGUGGGAGGCGCGGUAAAGGCUGUACCAGCUGGAGACCUGCGGCCACAUCAGAGGGACACCUCCAGCGGCAGUGCCACACCUGGUGGCAACAUGCUCGGGGACGCGGGUGAGGAUUUUUUCAAGGAACUGGUCGAAGAGGUGCGGAGAGGUGAGACGGGUGCAAGUGGCCUACUAUUUGACUAUUUUGUACCGUCACAGGCUCCGUGGGAAGGGUGCUCUAUGGACCGUCUCUUGGAUGCCUACCUAGGUACCUGUCACGGAGACGUGUCCGCCAAAGAUUUUAUCUUGUUUGCCAAGAACCGCAUGACAUCGGCCACGUGCCAAGCUGUAAGCAAUGAAACUCGUGCGCAACAUCAGUCCAGCAUGUGGCAUGCCAUGAGAUUCGGGCGCAUUACCGCUUCAAAGCUGCACGAGGCGGCGCGCUGCCAGACCAAGAGCGGAUCCCUCGUGAUGUCCGUCAUCGGUGCGGCUAAGCUGAAGGACAGCGCUGCUAUGCAGCGAGGGCGCGAGCUGGAGCCACAGGUGCUCAAAGCCGUAUCAAAGAAGGUGGGGAAGGUCGAGAGUGCGGGCCUCGUACUCCGACCUGACCUGCCUAUCUUUGGCGCGUCGCCGGACGGCCUGACGAGCGACGGCAGGGCGGUGGUAGAGGUCAAGUGCCCGUCAAGCGAAAAGACUCUGAGGCGAUACAUUACCGAGGAGCAGACGAUGGUCAGCAAGCAUCGCGCUCAGGUGCAGCUUUUGAUGCUGAUGACCGGGCGCGACUUGGCCUUCUUCUGUGUGGCAGACCCUGGUUUCCCACAGAAGAAGGCAGUGUACAUAUGUAAAGAAAGAUAUGAUGAGGCGUACUGUCGCGACCUCAUUCAGACCGCCAGCAAGUUCUGGUGUGAGAAUGUCUUCCCUGAGUUGGUCAAGGGACGUGGUCAGCAGUAGAUUGAGCUGAUGUCAUUGAGACGAGCACCUUGAGACGGUGCUGAUGUCGACAGGGUGCGGUCGUGAUCAGUAACGCUGUUUGUCGCUGUUAUGCUUGAAUUGUGUGGACAAUAAAUAUCCGUCCGUUGCUGC